AUGAAAUGGGUUGUUGAAUCGUCUCCGAUGGUUGUCACCUGGUGGAGUAGAAAAACGGUGACUUUGCAGCUCUCUAGCAGUUGUCAUCUGAUGGAGAGGAGUUGGAUGGAGGUGGGGCGCGUGUUAGGGAGCUUCAUCCUCAGGUCUGCAUAGCAAGAGGAGGCUCUUCAUCACAUCUGGUACACUCUAAGGAGAUGGUGACUCAUCUCCCGAUAGAUCAUCCUCUUUCUGAUGACGGCUUGUUCAUCUAUCAAUCGAAGAUACUUUACUCGAUGGAUUCACGAUCCUUUUAUUGCGAAUCGUUUAGCAAUUUUAGUAAGAAUACUCAACAAAUCAUGUUGACGAGAUUUUCACCAAUGAUCUAGCGAUUUUGAUUGCUUAAUCCUUCACCAACAAUUUUUAGUAAAGUCAUGAUAAUCAGAUAAAAAAAAAUGAGUUUUGGCUCUAAGAGAAUUUGAACCCAUGCCAGUUGCCUUACCCUUUAUGAGGAAGGUGUGACCCGAGUUUAGUCCCACAUCAGUUGUGUGCUAAUUUUUUGGGCAAAUAUAUACUAAUGUUACAUUUCUAAGCAAGUCCCUUCUCUUGUAUGUACGACCACUUACUCCAUAGCCAGCUAGCCACCAGUGAUGUGAAAAGGGAGUGGCACACACAUGCCUCUAUCGGUCCAAGCCACUCCAGCUCCUGCAUGCGGCUACCCCCCGACUGCGCUCUAACAUACUUGCGGGCCCAACUAGUCAGCGGGUCCCUCCAUUUUACAAUAUUUUUAUUUUUAUUUCUUUAUUUAUCUCAAAAGUAAGACUGUAAAAAUCAUAUAAAUUCCAAUAAAAUCACAUAAUUACCCAAAAAUUUAUGUUAAUCAACUAAAAACCACUUUUCACACUUUAACAUAAAUAUAAGUCUAUUUAUCAUAAGUUAAAGCUAAAACUAUAUUAUUUACUAAUUAUUAAAUCAUGAUAAUGAAGACUUAUCAUACCCCUCAACUUAAAUCAUUACUAGUCCCUUGGCAAUGACAUUACGAAAAUAAAAAUUUAUAAAUCUCGAACAUCAUAUUUCAAUACAUAAAAAAAAAUACAAUUAGAAAUGAUGAACCUUUAGACACUUUGAACUCUUAUAUCAAGUAUUUAAGAAUGAUGUCAAGCACUUAAAUGUUUAAGCACUCCUUGGAAUAAUAAUCUAGACUUCACUUCUUCUAUUUACAUUUUUAUCACUUCUUCACUCAUAGAUAUAUUUACAAGAUGUUCAUUCUAAUUAUGAAUAAUCAUCUAAGAAUAAUAUUGAUCCUACAUUUUCCUUUUUCUAUGACUUGAUUUUUGAAGUGUGUACUAUAUUUCUUCCUUUUUUUUUUAAUAUAUAUAGUGGAUAAGUAGCUUUUCCUAUAGACAAAUUUCGACAAAAAGAAUGAUGUCUCACACCCUCCAUGUGUACUCUUCAUUUUCAGGGCUUUCACUUUAUCCACUUAUUUUGCAGCAAGUGUUUUUCUAUACACGAUUUUCGAUAAUGAAAAUGAUGUCUCACACCCUCCAUGUGUACUCUUCGUUUUUAGAUUUUUCACAUUGCUUCCUUUUUUUUUUUUCGAAAUAAGUGAUUUCUCCUCACAAGUCCUAUAGAUCAGGGUGCAAAAAUCUCUAUUAAACUCAAAUGAUCAAUAAAAUUUUUACAUCAAGUAAAUACUAUCCAUCAAGAUCAUGAAGUGAAAAUCUGUAAACUCAAAUCCAUCUUAUCUAUCAUGUAUCCAAGGAGUAUUCUAAUAUUUCAUAAGAAUUAGAAAAAUAUUCUCUAGUUUAAUGAGUGAUCAAAAUCAUGGGGUACUUGCACUUGCUCUUACCUAGGCUGAAAUGAGUGAUCAAAAUUAUAACAUUAAAAUUCGAAAUGGUCAUUUUCAUUAUACAUAGGACAUGUAAUAUAUGCAUUAAAUUGAAGGUUAUGAGGCUUUUUAAUAUUGUCAAUAAGUAAAUCAAGUUUUUCUAAUCUAUAAUAAAUCUGAUUAACCUCAUUUCUUAAAUUAGUAUCAUCAUCAUAAUGUAAUUCAUAAAUUCUUCUUUUCUUAUCCCUAUCAUAUAACUCAAAAAAGGCUUGAUUUCUAGAAUUUGUACUUAAAUUCUCAUAAAUUCUGUAAAUCUCAUCAAGGGUUUUCUCCAUAAAAGCUCUUCCACAUAUAGAGUCAACCAUAUUUCUAUGUUGUUCUAAUAAUUUAUCAUAAAAAAUUCUAUUAAUCUGCCACUUUGGUAUAGCAUGAUGAGGAUAGUUUAUGAGUAAAUUUUUAAUUUUUUUUCAUAUUAGAUGUAAACUUUUUUUUGACUUUCAAACAAAACUUCAUUUAUGUUUUCUCAUAUUUUGAGUUUUAUCUAAGGGAGAAAAUUUUCAAAGAAAAGGUUUGUUUUGUCUUUCUAACUAGUUAAUUCUCUAUCUAAUGUGGAUAACCAAUAACUAGUAUUGUAUUUUAAGCUAUGAGGAAAUAAUUUUAUCUUAAUAAUUUUCGGUGUAACUUUAAAGAGAUUAACUAAAUCACAGACUAUGUAAUUUUUUUUAAAAUGUUGAUGGGGUUUUUCUAAAGGUAAUCCAUGAAAAUUAGAGAGCAUUUGGAAACUUUUUGAAUUUAUUUUGAAUUUAACAAUGGUUGCUAAUGAGACUUUAAUAUUGGACGCCCAUUGAUAUCAAUCAGGGAUGUUAUAAUUUUUUAUGGCCAUGGGAUUACUAUUAGUUUGACUUGUACAUCUUUUAGGAUCUAUCAAAAUUAAUUUUUCUUUUAGAUUUUUAGUUUUGAACGAAAUAGUGAAAUGAUUUUCUAACCUUAGAUGCAAGGAUUUUCUACCAUACAUAAAUAUCAAUAAAUUAUAGAAAAAAAUUUAAUAAUUGUUACCCUCCUUCAGUAUGUUCUAGUCUUUGCCCUGCUGCUCUUCAUUCUUUUAAAACAAAAAAAUUCUAAAAAAAGAUAAUAAAACAAGACUUAAUGUUUUUGUGUACUUUAAGAAAAAAUAGAAAAAAACCACAUAUUAUGUAAUACAUUGACAUGACUUAGUCGUUGUAUAGUAAAUCACACAAAUUUAAAAUUUAUAAAACUAGAAAAUAAAAAAAUUUAGAUAUUUAGAAGUAUUUCUGAACAAAUAUAUCAAUUAUAAUUUAAUAAAACUUUCAAAAAUAGCGAUAAUUUUCCAAGUCAAUCACAAGGAUGUAAUAUAUUAUCUGGUAAUUAUUCAAAAUUUUGCUCAAAGAAUACUGUUUUCUAUAAAUUUUAUACUAGGAAAUGAAAAGAAAAUAUAUUUAAAAUUCAUAAAAAAGAGAAAUAAGGGUGCAAACGUCAAGAUGACAUCAGUGCUCGGCGAAGGCGAAUUAGGUGAAAAUGAAGUUCUGCCUAAUGAUGCUCAUGUAAGUGAUUAUAGAUGAUUUAAUUGAUCAAAUUAAGAUUUGUAAAAGCCAAAAGAAUCGUAAUGAAAUGAAGUAUAUCUUGAUAAAUUUAAAAUCAACAAAUUAUCACUAAAUAAUACAAAAAUUAAGUUGAAAGUAGGACAAUAGAGUUCCAGUGCUGUGGCGGCGAUGAAGAGUCUCUUCUUAUUGUGUGGACAUGAGGAUGAAGCUCCCUGACAUGCGUCCCACCUCUAUCUAGCUCCUCUCCAUCAGGUGACAGCCGUUGGAGAGCCGCAAAGUCGUCAUUUUUCUGCUUCGCAGGGUGAUAGCUGCCAAAGACAAUUGAGGACCCAUUUCAUUGAUCUGUAGACUUCGCAAGAAGAUCUAGAAAUUGCCCACAUCAUCUUUGUCAAAGUAGAGCCUUCGAGGCUAUGGACACUACAUGACGAUCCUCUCGAACGCUCAAGAUUCUGGUGCAUCGCCAACGCAUUGUUGCUGUGAUGCUAGAACUCUAUUUUCUUGCUUUCAACUUACUUUAGGCUUUAUUUAGUGAUAAUUUGUGUAAUUUUAAUUUAUCAAAAUAUACUUCAUUCACUUACAAUUCUUCCGGCUUUUACAGAUCUUAAUUUGAUUAAUUAAAUCAUUUGUAAUCACUUAUGUAAGAAUAAUUGGGCGGAACUCUAUUUUUGUUUGAUUCGCAUUCGCCGGGCAUUGACGAAGUUCUUUUUUAAAUAUAUUUCUUUUUUAUUUACUAGUAUAAAAUUCAUAGAAAAUAAUAUUCUUUGAGACAAAUUCUGAAUAAUUACUAGCUACUAUAUUACAUCCCUAUGAUUAACCUAGAAAAUUACUACUAUUUUUGGAAGUUUUAUUAAAUUAUAAUUGAUAUAUUUGUUCAAAAAUACUUCUAAAUAUCUAAAAAUUCAUAUUUUCUAGUUUUAUAAAUUUUAGUUUUGAGUGAUUUAAUAUACAACAACUAAGUCACAUCAAACUUUGGUGCCGUUGCUGGGGAUGUAUUGUAUAAUAUUUACUAUAUUUCUAUUUUUCUCUUAGAGUACACAAAAAAAUUUAACUCUUAUUUUAUUUUCUUUUUGCCAAGUUUUUCUUUUUUUAAAAAGGAAUGAAGAGAAGCAAGACAAGGACUACAACAUAUUGAAGGAGGGUAACAAUUACCAAAUUUAUUAAUUUUUUAUAUGCAUGGUAGAAGAUCCUUAUAUCCAAGGCUAGAAAAUUCCUUUGUUAUUUCAUUCCAAAUUAAAAAUCCGAAAGAAAAAUUAAUUUUGAUGGAUCCUAAAGAAGUACAAGUCAAACUGAGAACAAUCCUAUGGCCAUGUAAAAUUAUUAUAUUCUUGAUUCAUUUCAAAGAGCAUCCAAUAUUAGAGUCCCAUUAGCACCUACUAUUAAAUUUGAUAUAAAUCUAGGAAUUUUUCAAAUGCUCCAUAAUUUUCAUGGAUUGCCUUUAGAGGAACCUCAUCAGCACUUAAAAAAAUUUCAUAUGAUCUGUGAGUUAGUUAAUCUUCCUCAAGUCACAUCAAAAAUUAUUAAGAGGAAAUUAUUUUCUCAUACACUAAGGGACAAAGCUAGUCAUUGGCUGUCUACAUUAGAUAGAGAAUUACCUAGCUGGAAAGACAUAGAAUAAGCCUUUCUUCAAAAAUUUAUCCCUUAGGUAAAACUCAAAAAUAUGAGAAAAUAUAUAUGGAGUUUUUCUCAAAGACCAAGAGAAACUUUACAUGAGACAUGAGAAACAUUCAAAGAUUUACUGAGAAAGUGUCAUCAUCAUGCUAUACCCAAGUUACAGCUAAAUAGAAUCUUUUAUGAUGGAUUAUUAGAACAACAUUGAAAUAUGUUUGAUUCUAUAUAUUGAGGAGCUUUUAUGAAAAAAACCCUUCAUGAGAUUUAUAGUCUUUAUGAAAAUUUAAGUAAAAAUUCUAGAGAUCAAACCUCUUUUGAAUUAUAUGAUAGGGAUAAGAAGAGAGGAAUUUAUGAAUUACAUCAUGAUGAUGAUUCUAAAUUUAGAAAUGAGGUUAAUCAAAUUAAUCAAAGAUUAGAAAAACUUUAUUUACUUAUUAAAAAUAUUAGAAAGCCUCUUAACCCUCCAUUUAAUUCAAAUAGUACAUGUCCUAUGUAUGGUGAAAAUGAUCAUUUCGAAUUUCAAUAUCAUCAUAGGCAAGAACAAGUGUAAGUACCCCAUGAUUUUAGUAAAAAUAGGGAAUAUUUUCUAAUUCUUAUAAUCCUAAUUGGGGGAAUAAUUUUUCGUGGAGAAACCCAAAUAAUAUUCAAAAUCCAGACACACAUAGAUUCAAUUCAAAUUCUGAUAUUCGUCUAAAAUAGGAACAUAGAUUUCAGAAAAAUAUCUCCUCUUAAAUCCAACAUGAUGUUAUGGAAUUGAUGCAACAAAUGAGCCAAAUGAUGCAACUUUAAUUAUGAAUCAAAUGAUGUUGCACCAAAAACAAAUUAUAGAGGCUCUUGAGAAUAAGAGAGAAGAGGGGCAGUCACCUAGUUAGCCUAUAGAAAAUUUAGGAAACUGUCCAACAAUAAGAUUUCAGUAAGGAGAGUCUAGCUAGAUAAAUUUAGAAAAAAACCCACAAAUUGAAAAUGUUAGGACAGUGAAUACAUUGAGUGAGAAUAUUUUACCUGAUCCUUAUUUCUAAUUAUUAGAAGAAAUCGAUGAGCCUCUAGAAGUAAAUGAGAAUAUUAAGGUUGAAAAUAUAAUACUAGAAAAUUUGAAUAAAAUCAUUUAUUGCUCACAAUUGAUGAAUGAAUAUAGUGAGGAUGAUGAGGAGAAAGAGCCCUUAGAUGAAAAAAUAGCAGCUGAUCAUGAAACAAUCAUCCAAAUUUUAGUAGAAGUGAGUAAAGACAGAAAUGAAGAAAAAUAUAUUUUAGGUGAGAAAAAUAUAGUUGAUUUAGGAGAUGUAUGAGACAAAAUUAAUAAAUCUAAUCAUAAUUUUGCAGCCAUGGAUGUUGAUAGUGAGGAUGAUGAUGUAUAUCAUAUACCAAAAUUAAAAGAUAACUCUUGAGAAGAUGAAGAACUUGAUGAGUUGAGAAAAAAAAAUCUAGGAAAAGAGUUGAUUCAACUAAUGGGGAGAAACAAAAAUAAUGAAUAUGAAUAUAAAGAUAAUUUUGGAGGAGAAAAUUUGAAUUUUGCUGAAUUCAUUAGAUCUGAGAUUAAAGAAGACAAUCUUUCCAUCCUUCAAACCCUACAGUCCAUUAGAAUUAUUUCUAAGCUUGAAAUACUUUAACCCCCCUUAGUGGGAGAGUUGCCACUAGAUCCAAAUUGAACAAAUAUGUAUGGAAGAUAAAUUAGAAUACGGGAAGAUUAUGCAAAUAAAAAAACACAGUAAAAAAUAGGUGAGUGGAAGAAUUAGAGAUAUCAAUUUAGAUAAAAAAAUUCUAGAUUGAGUAAGAGCUAAUUUGAAAAUUAUAUGGCCUCAUCACAUUUUAUGGUCUAUUAAUAGAAAGUAUUUAUUAAUGAAUGAGAGCCUUACAAAACAAGAUAGAAAUGAGGAAAGAUUUUUUUCAAAAUGAAAAUAUUAUUUUCUGAAAAAUUUUGUUAAUUUCCAUUUUAUUUUGGCUGAAAGUAUGUCAAGGUAUAUAUAUGAAGUAUAUGAAUUUAUGCAAAAUCUGAAAAAGAAUAUCAUGAAACUUAUCUUAGGAUACAAAUAUAUUUUGAUGGUCAUAGAUCAUCUUAUAUGAUCUAAGAGUUUUCUACCUGAAGACAUUAAAUUCAGCACUGCGUGGGAGGCAACCAUGGUUUUUAUUUCAUUCUGUUUGAUUUUUUUAAAACUUUGUUUUUCUUAGAAUUUUGCAGUACUUGUUUUUGUAUUUGUUUUUUCGAAAAAAUGCAAGAGGAGUGUAAGAUGAAGUGGAAAAUUAAAAACAAGUUUGAGGUGAUUUAUGAAAAUAUUCUUAAUGCUUAACUUUGCACAUAUGCAUACUUCACUUGAAAAUUAUUUUUUCUGCAUAUUCUGUUUUGAUUUGUCUGUGUCAUUGAGGACAAUGUCAUUUUUAAGUUGAGGGGUGAAGUAUUAAUUAUUAAUUUAUGCUGUAGGAUGAUUAAGAACAAGUGUUUGCAUUUUAUUUAACUUAGAACCGCAACUAAAAUAAAAUAAAAUAAAAUAAAAUUCAAAAAAACUACAACAUCUAUUUUUAGGUUUUUUGUCAAGGACAACAGACUAUCAAAAAUAGUAGACAAAAAUAGUCCAAAAUUUGAAAUUCUAGAGACCUUUUUCACACAUUUCAAUCCCCUAGACAUAUAUUACUAAAAUUCAAAAUUAUAGCUAUAAAGAGAAUAGUUUUGAUUUAUUUUUGACAAUUAUUAUUGCUAAAAAUAAAACUAAAAAUAGAAAAUAGAACUAUCAUAACUAUCUAAUUUACAAAUUUCUUACAUCAUAUUGCAUGUAUGAAAAAUUAAAUCAAUUAGAUUGAUUGAUACCAAAAGAUACUAGGAAGAUUAUUAUUGAGUCAAAAGAAUGAUCUAGUAGCAUGAAAUGUUGGAAUACUCCUUGGAUACAUGAUACAUAACAUGGAUUUGAUUUUAUAGAUUUUCACUUUAUGAUCUUGAUGGAUAGUAUUUACUUGAUGUGAAAAUUUGAUUGAUCAUUUCAAUUUAAUAGAGAUUUUUGCACUCUGAUCUAUAGGACUUGUGAGGAGAAACACUUAUUUCAGAAAAAAAAAAAGAGAGAGAGCAAUGUGAAAAAUCUAGAAACGAAGAGUAUACAUGGAGGGUGUGAGACAUCAUUCUCAUUGUCAAAAUCAUGCAUAGAAAAACACUUGCUGCAAAAUAAGUAGAUAAAGUGAAAGCCCUGAAAAUGAAGAGUACACAUGGAGGGUGUGAGACAUCAUUCUUAUUGUCAAAAUUUGUUUACAAGAAAAGCUACUUAUCCACUAUAUAUAAAAAAAGAAGGAAGAAGUAUAGUGCACACAUCAAAAAUAAAGCUUUGGAAAAAGGGAAAUGUAGGAUCAAAAUUACUCCUAGAUGAGUAUUGAUAAGUAGAACAUCUUGUAAAUAUAUCUAUGAGUGAAGAAGUGAUAAAGAUGUGAAUAGAAGAAGUGAAGUCUAGAUUGUUAUUCUAAUGAGUGCUUAAACAUUUAAUUGCUUGACAUCAUUCUUAAACACAAUAUAAGAAUCUAAAGUGUCUAAAGGUAUAUAAUUUCUAAUUGUAUUUUCUCUUUAUGCAUUAAAAUAUGAUAUUUGAGAUUUGUAAAUUUUUAUUUUUAUAAUUGAUGUGAAUUAAUCGUUGUAUAUUAAAUCACAUAAAUGUAAAAUUUAUAAAACUAUAAAAUAUAAAUUUUUAGAUAUUUAGAAGUAUUUUUGAACAAAUAUAUCAAUUAUAAUUUAAUAAAACUUCCAAAAAUAGUAGUAAUUUUCCGGGUCAAUUAUAGGGAUGUAAUAUAGUAGUUGAUAAUUAUUUAGAAUUUUUCUUAAAGAAUACUAUUUUCUAUGAAUUUUAUACUAGUAAAUGAAAAGAAAAUAUAUUUAAAAUUUACAAAAAAGGGAAUAAGGGUGCAGACAUUAGGAUGACGUUAGCACCUGGCAAAUGCGAAGGAUUGUUGUGUAGUGUCCACAGCCUCGAAGGCUCUCCUUAGACAAAGACAACGUGGACGAUUUCUAGAUUUCCUUGCAAAGUCUAGAGAUCAAUGAAAUAGGUCAUUGAAUCAUCUUAGGCAGCUGUCACUCGGUGGAGUAGAAAAACGGCGACUUUGUGGCUCUCCGGCAACUGUCACCCGACAGAGAGGAGCUGGAUGGAGGUGGGACAUGUGUCAGGGAGCUUUAUCCUCAUGUCCACUUAAUAAGAAGAGGCUUUUCAUCGCAUCUGGUACACUCUCAGGAGGUGGUGACUCAUCUACUAGCAGAUCAUCCUCUUCUCGACGAUGGCUUGUUCAUCGAUCAAUCGGAGAUGCUUUACUCGAUGGUUCGUGAUCCUUUUAUUGCAAAUCGUUCAGCAAUUUUAGUAACAAUGCUCCGCAAAUUGUGUUGACGAAAUUUUCACCAAUGAUCCAACGAUUCUGAUUGCUUAAUCCUUCACCGGCGUUCUUCAAAAAAGUCACGAUAAUCAAAUAAAAAACAUAUGAGUUUUGGCUCUAGGAGGAUUCGAACCCGCACCGGUUGCCCCCCCCUUUCUGAGGAAGGUGUGAUGCUGGUUUAGUCCCACAUUGGUUGUCUGCCAAUUUUUUGGGCGAAUAUAUACUAAUGUUACAUUUCUAAGCAAGUUCCUUCUCUCGCGUGUAGGACCACUCUUUGCCCCACAGCCGACUGGCCACUAGUGACGUGGAAAGGGAGUGGUGCACACGUCCCUCUAUCGGUCCAAGCCGCUCGAGCCCCUGCUCGUGGCUACUCCCCGAUUGCGCUUCCGACUCACUUGCAGGCCCAGCUUGCAAUCAUAUCAAUUCGUAUAAAAUCACAUAAUUACCCAAAAAUUCAUGUUAAUCAACUAAAAACCACUUUUCACACUUUAACACAAAUAUAAGUCUAUUUAUCAUGAGUUAAAGCUAAAACUAUAUUAUUUACUAAUUAUUAACUCAUGAUAAUGAAAACUUAUCACACCCCCCAACUUAAAUCAUUGCUUGUCCCUUGGCAAUAGAAUUACAAAAAUAAAAAUUUACAAAUCUCAAACAUCAUAUUUCAAUACAUAAAAAAAAAUACAAUUAGAAAUGAUGCACCUUUAGAUACUUUGAACUCUUAUAUCAAGUAUUUAAGAAUGAUGUCAAGCACUUAAAUGUUUAAGCACAUCUUGGAAUAACAAUUUAGACUUCACUUCUUCUAUUAACAUCUUUAUCACUUCUUCACCCAUAGAUAUAUUUACAAGAUGUUUCAAUUAUGAAUAA